AUGGGCGUUUCAUGGGUGUUCGAAGCGGAACAAACGGCGAAAUCCGUCGAAAGAAUUCUGGAAGGAAUUGGGGCGGAGCUUAUGGGACAAUUCCAAGUCGACGUCAUACCGUAUAACCCGGCGACACCGUCGACAGACUACGCCACGAAUAUCGUCAUGCAUCACUCAAAAUGUCCACAGUCGACGUUCUCCAUUUGUCCAAAGACGGACUUCCGCGUGAGCCCAAAAGCAGUGUGUGACCGUGGAUUCGACCUAAUUCUGGGCAAAUUGGCCGGCGGACUCGUCAUCGACAACGCCGGGAAGAUCGAGAUCAACGGAAACGAGUAUAAUAUACAUUCGGACUGGACAGUCCGUGUUGGGACGGCCACACAGGGGACUACGGUCAAGGGAGUCGUGGUGGAGGUUGAAUACGAUCCGACGGUCAUCAUUGUGCAGUGUCGUGAGAUGAUGGCCGAAUUCAUCAAACAAGUCUUCAAUAAAUAUCACGAAACUCAACCGGAAAUCUUCAAAAUCACCGAGAAACCGGAGCGAUACUCAACACUCGACACCAUGUGGCAAUAUCUUCAAAUCGCGGCUAAAUUGCGCAAAAAGACCUAG